AUGAUCGAUUUUGAGGUUGUUAAUGUAUUUAAAAAUGUGGUGACCCUUAAAAUUAAUCCUGCUACAGCAAUAUUGGCAGAAACUCUCUCAUCCUUGAAUUAUUGUAGAAAAGCCGAAAAGGAUCGUUUAAGAUGUUGCUUACAACUGUUGUUUAUCUGGACUAUAAGUCACAUGAUUGAGGGGAAGAUUUCAGGUUUGGUUGGUACCCCAUGGCAUCUUUAUUCUAAGUUGGAGAAUUUUGCUGAAAAACAUUUGUAUGAAGUAGGAAGAACUAUAUGGGAAUCAAUGUUUCUAAGUCUAAGCAAAUCUCAAUUUCAUUGGAGGAGCCGAUAUUCUUACUUCAAAUCUUAUCUGGCAUACUGUGGUGAGUACCCAUGGGUCCCGUUGAUAGGAGCUCGCUGCUGUAUCAGUUAUUGUCCCAACAUGGUUUUACAACAGUUUGGAUUUGAGCAGUUUAUUCCAAGGACUACUGAACUGGCAACAUUUUAUGAAGAUUUCAAGACCUCGAAGAAAUUAUUAGAAUCAGUGAAGAAGGCAUGGAAACAUACUGGUAGGGUUACUUCUGCUAAGAGAGUAGAAGGAAAAACAACUAAAGGAUAUCCAUUAUGGCAAAAGAAGAGAGAGAAAGGAUACAAAGUUCGUCCAUUUGAAGGGUCAUCCAAGUCUUUGAUUCAGUCUACUGAAGACAUACAUGAAGAAGUCCGUGCUCAACAAGAAUCUUAUAACCUAAAUUUGAAUGCUAAAGUGGAAGAGUUAGGCGCUAAAAAAAUAAAGUUAGCAUCUAAUCUAGUCAGUCGAGAAAAAGCAUUGGCUAUCACAAAACAGGAAAAGGAUGACUUGUCAACUCAGCUACAACAUCAACAACUUGAGUUCCAGUAG